AUGUCCUAUACACAACAAUAACAACAGCAAAAACAAUCAGACUGGAGAAAACAAAAUUCUCACUGAGAUGAUCCAGGUUAUGACUGGGCGAGGCACCACUCGGUCACAAGAAUAUGCUGUCUGGGCAAGGGGAUUGUGUAAGCGCUAUGGAAAAAAGGAGGACCCGGUUCUCCAAAACCUAGCUGUUACUGUACGGAGGGGAACUAUAUAUGGUUUGCUGGGACCGAGUGGAUGUGGGAAGACAACCUUGCUGCGAUGUAUUGUUGGCAGACUCUCUGUAGAUAGUGGUAACCUUGUGGUUCUAGGGGAAAACCAGGGGAUAAGAGGACAUGGGAUACUUGGGCGUCUGGUGGGAUACAUGCCACAAGAAAUGGCCUUGUUCAACAAGAUGACCAUCAGAGAGACGCUUUUCUACUUUGGUCGUAUCCAUGGAAUGACAAAAGAUCAGAUAAAUGACAGGAUUAUAUUUCUCCUUCAGUUUCUCACUCUUCCUGAUCAGGGCAGGAUAGUGGAUUCACUAAGUGGAGGACAGAAAAGGCGUGUGUCAUUUGCAGUCGCACUUUUACAUGAGCCAGAACUUCUGAUUCUAGAUGAACCAACAGUGGGUGUGGAUCCUCUUCUAAGAGAAAGGAUUUGGGAACAUUUGGUAAAAAUAGCUGGACACGAUGGCUUAAAGACAACAAUAAUCAUCACCACCCAUUACAUAGAGGAGGCAAGACAGGCCAACACGGUAGGAUUGAUGAGAGGAGGUCGUUUGUUGGCAGAGGAGGAACCAAACACUUUGAUACAAAAUCAUCACAUUGAUAGUCUGGAAGCUGUUUUCCUGAAACUUUGCCAAAAUGACAAUAUGGAUGAAAGUGAUGAUGUUAGAAAGGUUCAUGUGAUGCAGACAGGAUCUACCGGGGUAGGGGAGAGAACUCCACUUCUGGCUAACAAUGCUAACAGCGUGGCAUUCAGCGAAGACAUUCAUAUAGAUCAUAUAUACAAAGAUGUGGAGCCACAUUCAGCCAGAAGGUGUAACUGUGGCCUUCCUAGUGGCAAAAACAUUGUCGCUCAGUUUCUGAAAAACUUAACAUUGAUGAAGCGGAAUAUUGGGUUCCUUCUGUUUGAGUUUAUAUUACCAUCAAUACAGAUUGUCCUGUUCUGUUUGUGUAUCGGAGGAGACCCGUAUAAUCUGAAGGUGGCCAUUUUUAAUAAUGAGACAUCGGCACUAGGAUUCAGCCAUCUUUUUAUCCAGUCUCUCGACAACAACACUAUAGAUAAGGUGAUGUUCAGUGAUAUAGAAUCAGCUCGGGAUUGUGUGAAAGACGGUAAAGCCUGGGGCCUGAUGACUAUAGGAGAAAACUUUACAGUAGAUCUGAUUACACGUUUCAGCAACGGUUCUGCUAUAAAUAACAGUACCCUGGAAGGCAGUACAAUCAAACUCUACCUAGAUAUGACAAAUCAACAGAUAGCUGUGAUGCUACAGGAAAAAGUCACCCUUGCCUUUGAAAAUUUUUCCAGGUUAUUAUUGUCUAUGAUAGGUCAGAAUCCAGACCUUGCACAGCUACCAGUCAAGUUGGAAGAGCCAAUAUAUGGCACACUAGAUCCCAGCUUCACAAACUUUAUGGCACCAGGAAUCAUUCUCAGUAUAACAUUUUUCAUGGCAACAGGACUGACUACGCUGGCUUUUGUAAUGGAAAAGAAAGAGGGCCUUCUGGAAAGGAGUAUGGUGUCAGGAAUGACUCCUUUUGAGAUUAUGCUAGCCCACGUGCUGACCCAAUUGUUGGUGAUGAUGGUGCAGGUUGGCCUCUUGCUGGUGUUCGCUCUACUUGUCUUUCAUGUGCCAUAUAAAGGGCCUCUGAUCUGGGUGAUCAUACUUGUGUUGUUACAAGGUUUCUGUGUUAUGACUCUAGGUAUCAUCAUUUCUGUGCUAUGUGAGGAAGAAACUUCUGCCAUACAGCUAGCAUUAGGAUCUGUUUAUCCUAUGUUAUUACUGAGCGGUAUCAUCUGGCCGGUGGAAGCCAUGCCCCAUUGGUUACAUUAUAUCAGUAUUUGUUUACCUAUGACAUACGGGGCGGAUGCCAUGCGUGCUAUCCUUAGUCGAGGCUGGACCUUAACAGACCUGCCAGUUUGGCGGGGAUACCUGGUAACACUUGGCUGGAGCUUUGGCUUGUUGGCCCUUGCUGGCUUUAUACUUCGACUCAAACAAUAGGAUUUUGGAUUCAAACAAUAGGCUUUGUUUUUUGUGCUGUACACAAAAUAUAACAAGUUCAAGAUUUUGUCUACUUUUGAGAUUCUAUAUUUCAUGU